AUGGGAGAUCACUCGAGUUCUCAUCAUUGUCACGAUCGUGAUCGUGAUGGUGACCACGACCGGCGUCAUCGUUCGGCGACGGAUCUUUACGGUAUUAUUAACGUGUCAUGGAAGGCGUACAGAUCUCUCGUCAAGAAAUGGUGCUCUGAUCAUAAACAUUCUCCGAAGAAAAACCAAAAGGAUCGUGGUGAUGUGGACAAGACACCCAGUAGGAAGGUGAGGGAAGAUAAAUUGAAAAAGGGAGAGAAACAAGAUAGGCUACGUGCGGAUGAUAACGAAUUUUCGUGUCUUCUGAGGAGUUCGAGUAGAAGGAGCCACACACCUACGCCUGGACCGACCUACUUGUCCAAGAGCCCGUGCCGAUCGUCGAGCAAAUCCUCACUUUUGAGAACCUUUAGUCGAAAGAGCCGAACCGAAGACGACACGUCGCAACUACAACAAGAUGAAAAGAAACAAACGAAGAGAAGCUCUAGCGUCAGUCGAGUUUUCUCUCUUUCGAGGAGUAGGAGUCGAAAAAGCACAUCAGAGACAGAGAAACCUAAACUUUCGAAAAGUACAAGUCGGAGGAGUACCACUCCACUUGUAUUCUCUCAAUCCAUCGCUCGGAGAAAACCUCCGCCGAUAGAGAAAACACUUGAAUGCACCUUGGAAGAGCUUUGCUUCGGAGCGGUAAAGAAGAUCAACAUCGUCAAAGAUGUCAUCUCCUACCAAGGAGUAAUUGUGAAACAAGAGGACACUCUGACAGUAAACAUAAAGCCAGGAUGGACAAAAGGAACAAAGGUUACCUUCGAAGGCAAAGGCGACGAAAACCCGGGCUACCUUCCGGCUGAUAUCAUCUUCUCAGUACAAGAGAAGAGGCAUCACUUGUUCAAACGAACUGGCGACGACUUGGAGAUAGUAGUCGAGAUCCCAUUGGUGAAGGCCUUAACAGGUUGCCAACUUGCAGUCCCUUUGCUUGGAGGGGAUACAAUGAGCAUACAUGUUAAUGACAUUGUAUAUCCGGGAUACGAAAAGGUGAUUCAAGGCCAAGGGAUGCCUAAUGCCGAAGGAGGCAACCGAGGUGAUCUCCGAAUCACAUUCGUCGUUAAGUUUCCAACUAAUCUUUCCAAUGAACAGCGGUCAGAAGCGUGUAGUAUAUUGGAAGGUUGUUCUUGAUAGGCAUCUUAAUUUAGAUGAUGAAACUUGAUCCCUUAUUACGCAUUGGAAUGUUUUGGCUGUAAUUCAAACAAAA